AUGUCAAUGAAGGCAAUAAACACCUACAUAUGCAAAGGGUGCAAUCUCUUCUACAAUCUAGAUAAUCUUGAUAAACUGAAUACUAUAAAUAUUAUUUGUGACAACCAUCCAGAGAAAAUGAUCAAGACUUAUUGCAAAACUAAUAAGUAGUUGCUUUGUAAAAUUUGCUCUGCUAAUUGCUCUUGUUCCAAUCAGGGAGAGAUGAAUCAUUAGAGUAUUUUUAGAAAAACUUUGGAAGAUUAUAUCUAGCUUAUAAUCCCUUCUCUCUAAAAUGAAUUGGAAAUGAUUCAGGUUCUUCUAAAAAAUCUUCAAUAAUAUCAAGAUAAGAUUUUUGGAGCAACUUAAUUUAUUAAAAUGAUGACUUAGAUGAGGAAAUAUUUGAGUUCAGAACAGUCGCUAGAAAUGAAUAAACUAUUUAAUUUUGAGAACAAUCAAAUUUAAUUUCAACAUUCCGAACUGUAAAAGCAUGAAACUAUUCAGAUUCUAAAUUCAAAACAGAAUUAGGAGGAUAUUAAGAUAAUAGAGCUUGAAAAACAAGUUGCUGAUCUACAAAAUUAAUUGAAGGAAGCCUAAGAUCAAUUAUUAAUCUAAGCUAAAACUUACUAAGACAAAUUUGAUUCUAUUUCAAAACGAAAUAAAGAUAAAUUCGAUACUUUAACUCUCGACUAUAAAACAAAUUUAGAUUCCUUGUCUAAUGAUAAUCAAGUUAAACUUGAUGCUUAGUCUAAAUAACACUAAGCUAUGCUAAAUAUCUAGCUUUAAGAAAAUUAAGCUAAAUUAAAUGAUUAAUAAGUAGAAUUCUAACUCUAAUUAGAAAAUACACAAAAAGAAAGUCAUGAGAAACUUGCUUUAUUGACAAAAGAAAAUGAAAUGAAGCUAGAAUCUAUGUAAAAACAAAUUUAAGCUUUGCUAUAUUCGUAAACUCAAGAGACAUAAAAAUUAAAAAAUCAUGCUAAAUAGCUGGAAGAACAGCCAUAACCUUCUGCAUUAGGAAGCUUAGUCGACAAUAUUUUAAAUCGAAAUAACUUGUCUAGGCUGUUUUAGCUUACUGGUCCGACCAUACUUCUCUAUAGAGCAACAAGAGAUGGAUUUAAAGCAUAAGACUUUCACAGUAGUUGUGAUAACAAAGGGCCUACAAUUUCUUUUAUUAAAAGUCAACAUAAUUAAAUAUUCGGAGGUUACACAUCUCUCUCUUGGAUGUCUCCUAAUAGUGUAGCUUUUCAUAAAGAUAAUGAUUCAUUUUUGUUUAACUUGACAAAGAACACUAUGCAUAAAUAAUAUCAGAAAAUUGAUUAUGGAAUUAAGCAUGACAAGAAUUAUUUAAUGGCUUUUGGUUAUGGUGAUAUUAUGAUUUCAUAUGAUUGCGAUAUUAAUAGUUAGAGUGUUUGUGAUUUAGGUGGUACAUAUAUGCCUCCAAAAGAUGCUACCUACUUGUAAUUAUCAGCUAGGAAUCAUUUAAGUGGAAGUUAUAAUUACAAAGUAACUGAAAUAGAAGUGUACUAAGUUUUAGUAUGA